AUGAAGGUUCUAAGAUUUAUUAAAGUUAUUGGAUUAUUGAGAGCCAUCAAACUUACAAAUAUUAUAAUAAAAUUGAAGAUUCCUUAUCUUGAGAUAAUCUAUAACCUCAUAUAUACAAUUAUUAAAGAUAUGUCUUAGAAUUUUAUGUUUAUCACAUUGGUUAGCAGUAUUUGGAAAGCCAUCAGAAUGCUUUAACCAAAUUAAAAAGAUAAGAUUGGUAUUCAGAAGAUGUUGCUAAUUGCAUAACGAUCCUAAUUAUAAGUUUAAUAAAUAUGCUGCAGAAAUUUAUUUUAGGUAUAUAAUGCAUAAUAAUUAUUAAUAAUAAAAAUGAUUAUAAAUGAUGAAUUUUAGAAGGGUAGAGAUACUCAUAUUUACUUAGAAAUUCUAUAAAGUGAAUUAAAAAAACCACCUUUAACAAUAAUAUUAACCUCAUUGAUGCAGUUGCAAAAGAAGAAAAAUAAAUGA